AUGCAGUCUGAAUUCACUUCAACCACCGAGCCCGGCGAUGACAACGACGGUGACACAUCAAAGACCAAAGGUGGUAAAAAGCAGAAGAAAAAGGGAAAACCACGACCCGAUGUUGUCUGGAAAGCACACGGCAAAGUUUUUGCGGUCUUGGAAUUUAAAAACAUCAACGCCAUUGCCCUCAAUGAGUUUAGCGACGUAGAAUUGAAAGUUGAGCCUGGCUCUCAAAAAGAGACUGCCGUUAAAGCCAAAAAGGCUGAUGUUCUAACUUCACGCACACUUUUCACUAAGAACUCCCUCCAAAUCAUGAGGCAGCUAUCGAAAUAUGCAAGGCAUGCGGAUUUCAGCCCCUUCGCUGCUAUACUCACUUACGAGCAGUUAUUCCUGGCUGACUAUUGGAUCCCUCAUGAUGGCGACUAUAUAUACGGUACCCUCCUCUCCCGCGAAGGCAACGAUGAAAAGCUACUUCGAAAAGCACUGCUCGGCUGGUUAGAACAUGCUUACAAUAAGACCUUUCGAGUUCACCCUAGCACCGGCGAGGUACAAAUCACUGCUUGCAUUCCACUGCAGCCUACCGCACCGGCAAAGACCUCGACUGUUGGGUUAAAGUCUGGUGCUGCCCAGGGGACUGCGGCAGCUCUACGUGAACGGUCGCCGCAGCCGCAAUCGUCGCGGCAAAACCCUCCAAGAAAUGCCUCUGGAGUCUCCGAGCCGUCGGGCAGUGAAAGUAGUAAUCCCGACAAGAACACCAGUGCCAGGAAGGCCAAGGGUAGCGGGAAAAAGUGA